CACAAUUAUACACUGACAUAUCGACAGUAUUUUUUUCUCUCAAACAACAGAUAAGCCUUUGUUUAUUAAGCUUAAAUAAAUUCGAGUUAAAACACUACAAAGAAACGCCAACAAAAAGAACAUUCAGCAGUGUGACAGUUUUCUUAAUCAAUUCAGUUCAUUACUGUGCACGGAGUGAUUCAGUUUUUGUGGUGCAACGAAAGAGAAAAAAAAAAUAUGUCUGGGCACAAAUAUACAGCAAAUUCAGCCAAUUUGUUCGAUGACGAUGACAUCGAUGACGAAACAUUUCUGAAGAAUUCGUCACGAUCCCGAAACACCAAUCCGUUUGACGACCAACAAUUGAGCUAUCAGGAAAGAACAAGAGCCAUCGAAGAGCGUACUUUAGCUUCGUCGCAUCGCAGUUUGGGCCUUUUAUAUGAAACUGAACAAGUGGGCAUCGCUACAGCUGAAGAAUUGGCAAGACAACGCGAACAGUUGGAGAACACCAACAAGCAUUUAGAUGACAUUAAUCAAACGUUGCGUUUCAGCCAGAAACAUUUGAAUGGAUUGAAAAGUAUUUUUGGUGGACUGAAAAAUUAUAUCGCUGGUCAAAAGGAUAUGCAGCCGCCGUCACAAACAGCACCGAAACCAAAUAUUGGUGACAAAUUAAAUUCCCCAUCGUCAUCCUACAGCAAAAGUGUCCAAUCAUUUUCGAAUAUUCAGGGAGCAACAGCUCAGGCGGACAAUGCAUUUCAUCAUUCCCAAUCGAGUAUCGCCGGCGUUGGGUCCCAUUUCAAUAAGCAACUAGACAAGAAUUUAGAUGAAAUGGCUGGCAGUUUGUCACGUCUUAAGGGAUUAGCGGUUGAUUUGCAUCAAGAAAUCGAUGACCAAAAUGAUUUAAUCGACGAUAUUACAACGAAAGUGGAAAAUGUCGACGCUAAAGUGGGUAAACAAAACAAAGAAAUGAAUCGUCUCCUCGGAAAGAAGUGAAAUUUUACAACCACAACAAGGAAAGUGAAAAUCCAUGCAUACUAAUCCAUUCGGAUUUAAACCAAGAAAGACAAAAACUCAACGUUUUGUAGGUCAAUAAAUGUUCUGCAUUCUAGCAUAAAUUCAUUAUAAAUACCAAUUAUACAUACAGGAGGCGAGUCUAUAAUAAAAUCGGGAAAAUAAAUUAUUAUUAUUAUCAUUGUAUAUUGUAUUCCAGUUCAAAUACGAAAAAACCGCCUCUAAAAUGUUUGCAAUUUGUUAUGUCGAAUGCAAGCGUUAAUAAAUUUAGUUAAUGAAAAUGAACCACUUCAUGUAUUUCAAUGGAAUUUUAUAAGCACCAAAUUAAUAACGCAAUCAUUAUUGGCUUGGAAAAUGCAAAUACUCUAUGAAGUACAUACAUAUUCAAUCAUUAUUUAGCGAGCAUUCAAUUCGUAUUGUUGCGAAUUUCGGAGAUAAAUCAUUCAAUCACUAUGUAAAUGAGUCAUAUACAACAAGAUAAAUAAAGAAAUUCACACACAUUUUACACACAGC